GAGCAAAACUUGGGUCAUCAUGGGUUUGCAACAUUAGAAUUGGGGAGGCUAUGAACUCAGCGCCAUCGACGGUGGAGGAACCAUGAAGAGGCUGAUCGCGUGUGGUGUGAUAUUCGACGAGUAUCAUAGCUCAGAUGCAGAAAUCGACGGCGAAGAAGAUCAAGUGUUCGAUCCCUAGCAGCAGUAGCAUUUCUCCCAACACGAGCCAGAAUUGGAUUCUCAAGGAGCUUCCCAUCCCGCCGCUUCGGGGUUCACUUAUUUCGUGUUCUUCAUGGAUGGAACUAGGGAGGUCGAUGAAGCAACUCUACGGGCAGCCAUUGCAUUACUUCACCAACUUCAUUCUCGGACACUGGGACGAGCUACGAACCGACACUGAAAAUCAACACCAGCCAUUGGAUCUCUUCAUCCACCCUAGUAAAGCUGAGGCAACCAUCUGGCUAGUUGAAGAGGUUCACAGGAAGAUCUCAUUCCUUCAUCAAAUUGCUAGGCUCAGGACUUCUGAUCCCUUGUACUGA